AUGCAAGAGAAGCGAGCGGCGCUUCUGAACAAGACCUAUGCACACCUGUACAAGUUGGACCCCGCUGCGGACCUCGGGCCGUCGCUAACGGCCCCCCCGCCGGUACAGGCCGAGGUCCCUCGGGCACCGCCCGUGCUGGCUCCAGCGGCGCCUGCACACAAUCCGAGGGCGAGGUCCUUCUCUUUGCAGCCAACGCAUCCGUCCGCGGAGAAACCCCUGUCGGGUGCUGUGCCUUCGUCGCUGCCGGUCAUCGACCGGCACCAUUCCAAGAAUGCAGCGCCCCUCUCGGCCCGGGCUUUGGCGCCA